AUGAAUCGUUCAUUAUUAUUAGUAUUAUCAUUAAAUUGUAAAUCGUUAAAUUAUCUUCAAGUUCGUAAUAAAACACAUACAUGGCUCGCUUAUAAAGAACAUAAAACAUUCGUUCCACAAUUAAACUAUGAUAAAUAUGGUCAAUCGAAAGGUUCACCUCAUGUUCAAGAACGAUUUUUUCGAUUGGGAUGGGGCGGUUAUAUUCAUCCACAAUGGGAACGACGUCUAUGGACAUAUAAAAAACCAGAUGAACAAAAUAAACUUGAAGAUCAACAUGUUAUGGUGGCUAAUAGACGAUCGAAAAUUUUAGAUAAAAUGUGUGAUGAUAAAUAUCGAAAACGUUUAUAUUUAGUUGAUCAAAAAUAUAAAAUAUAUGAUAGUUAUCAACGAAGAUGGGGAAUGAACCAUAUUUAUGAUCAUGAGAGAGACUCGAAGUCUUAUCCUUGA